CUCUCAAGCACGCAGGGCACCAUCAUCAUGUCUGACUCGGUGCUGGCGCGCGCGAUUGAAGCGGCCGAGCAGGGCGACCUGACGAGCCUCCGUGAGCUUCAUGCGCAGGGGCUGCUCAUGUCGUUGCAAGAUGAGCACCAGCACCAGCAGCAGGAGCAGCAGCAGCAGCAGGCGGCAUGGUCCAGCCUCGCAUCACCUGCAUCACCUGUGCAUCACGCGGCGCGCGCGGGGAGCCUCACCGCGCUGCGUUUCUUGGUCGGGGAGGCACGCAUGAGCGCCAGAAUCCGCACCGGUCCGGCACGGGCGAGCCCAGCGCACGACGCGGCUGCACGGGGUCAGCUUGCGUGUCUGCGUUACCUGCUCGAGGACGGCGCCUGCGACAGCGAGGAGCGCGAUAGUGCAGGCUGCACUGUGCUGCAUGUGGCAGCACGGUUUGGUUGUACAGCGGUUGUCAACUGGUUGCUCCAGUCUGGCAGAUGUGACCCUUGUGCUGCCACUGAAGCGCUUGCUUUGCCGAUACAUUACUCAGCUGUACGUGGAGAUCCCGAUUCGAUGAAUGCCCUGCUGCAAGCAGCCCCAGACACAGUUAAUGCACGCACACGUGAAGGUGUGACACCUGUUUAUUUGGCAUGCCAAGAAGGGCAUCUUUUCCUUUUGCAACGGCUUGUGGAGAAAUGGGGAGCUGAUGUUACAAUCCAAAGUGAGGAUGGGAUGACUCCGCUUCAUGCUGCUGCACAAAAUGGCCACACUCCAUUGCUUGACUGGCUGACAGAAUUCACGGUCCUCAAUCUUAAUAAUGUGGACGGAGAUGGCGUAAGCCCACUGCACUUCGCUGCAGGAGGAGGACAUUGCUCAACAAUGGACUGGCUCCUGGCUCACGGUGCUAAGAACCAGGUGGACCUCACGGGAUGCUACCCACUUCAUGAUGCCGCAGAUAAUGGACACAUAAAGUGUUGUGAAAUUUUGCUGAUGCAUGAAGCUGAUGUAAAUGCAAAAGACUCAUGGGGAUAUACACCUGUGGAUCUAGCUGAAGAAAAUGGGCACACGGAAUGUGUGGAAUACCUGCUUUUUCAAAGGCACAACUCGUGUGAACAGGGUCCAACAAAUCGUAAACCAGGCCGGAGAGUGACGUUUAAACUGACCGAGGGUGAUGACAUCUCAGGAAGUGAAAUGGACGACGAUGAAGCUGCCCAACUUCGAGAGCUCUCCGACUUGCCAGUGGCAGCAGAUACUGACAUGGAGUCAAACACUGACAUUCCAGAGUCUGAAAGUGAGGGAGAAAAAGACACUGAUAUUAUCAGCAUUACAGCAGAUGAAUAUUCAUUUAUACCACCACAGGCACCGCCUCCACCAUCUCAUCCACAAAUAAAUAGAUAUGAUGGUGCCAGCCUCUAUAAAACACUGCCAUGCAAGUCAGGUGCGUGACGUCAUUAAUGGACGGCCCCUUAAGCGAAAACUAUUUCCUCAUAUAUAAUGUAACAAUAAAUGUUGUCGAUGUACGCACACACAGGAAGAUGGCACGACAAAUAAUUGAGGAUAUGCCUCGACAUUACUGUAUCGUUCCAUAUACGGUAUCAUACCGCUGAGCCAUGCAGCUCAAGAAAGUAGUUCA